CUCGUAGUUCAGAUCCGAACCCAACAUAUAUCCAGUUGUAGCAACCCGGGUUCUAAGCAACACCGCUUACACCUACCACGUGUUCGAGUUUCUACUCUACUCCUCCCCACACCAGAUUACUCCAAUGGAGGAGCAACUCCAACCGAACCCUAACUCGGUUACCGGACUCACCGGUUCCUCGCCGCCGCUCCACCACGACGACGACGGCGAACCGGUUCUGAGCUCCCACACCCUCGCCGCGCUCAACGAGUUCCUCGCCGAGCAGCAACGCGACUCCGCCGCCGGAGAUUCCGAGGUCUCGCUGGUGUCCGAGGAUUGGAGGCUGAGCCAGUUCUGGUACAGCGCCGAAACUGCCACAACCGUCGCCCAAGAGGUUCUCACUCUCUGCGCCGCCGCCAACUCUCGCGUCGCCUGCAUCGCCUGCCCUACGCUCUACGCUUAUCUCAAGAACAUGGAUCCUGGUGUUUCUGUGCAACUUCUUGAGUAUGACAAACGUUUUGAGCAAUAUGGAAGUGAUUAUACAUUUUAUGACUACAAUCACCCUGAGGAGAUACCAUCGGAAUUGAAGCAUUCCUGCAGAGUUGUGGUUGCAGAUCCUCCUUACUUGAGCAAAGAGUGCUUGGAGAAAGUUGCUGAAACAAUUCGUCUGCUCAUACAACCUGGAGAGUCAUUUUUGCUUCUACUCACAGGUGAUGUGCAGAAAGAAAGUGCAGCAGAGAUCUUGGGCUUGCAUCCUUGUCGUUUUAGGCCUCAGCACUCCAGCAAACUUGGAAACGAGUUUAGGCUGUUCUUAAACUAUGACCCUGGUACAAGACUAGGAGGGUUGGAAAAAUAGGUAUAUGAAGCUGCAGUUGCAGAUUCGAUUGACUUUGAGGUGAUUGGAUGUUGUCUGCCACUCCGAGGGCAUUGAAGUUAUUCAGUUUGAAUUAUAAGAUUCCACAAUUUCUGUAUGAUUAAUAUUAUUCUCUUGGCAACAAGCGUGGUUUUGAAUUUGCUGAUCCGAGAUAUUGUCCGUUUGUCUCAAUUUCUAGUAAGAGGCACAGUUUUGGGUCGUAUUAGAUUAUUACGUGGAAAUGAGUUUCAAUGGACCUAUCAAAUUUCUCUUUCCUGAUAUUUGAAAGUUGUGGUAAAUCUUUGACCCAACCAAUUCAAGAUUAUUGUGAAUUAUAGCAUGUACUACACAGGGCAAUUUCGAUGUGGAAUCUUGUGGUUCAGCAAGGAUUUUUUUUUUCUUUUCAA